AUCUGUCAGUCACUGUUUCACAAUUGCGAUAAAACAUUCAUAUGAUAUAAAACACCACUUUACGUUACUUAUAUAUUGUAUCGCUUUCUCUUCUUAGAUUGGAAACAAUGAUGAUUGCUUUCAUUGGUGUGCUGAUCUCUUGCUGCACGUGUGUUAACAGUAUGGAUAUAAUCAUCAAAGCUCCGGCUGGUGAUAUGUUAGGUCGGACAUCUAAUGUAUUCUUUGCCGGUCAGAGUUAUACGAUAUCAAGUUUUCUUGGCAUUCCGUUUGCAGAGUCAACACAUGGACCAAGGCGCUUCGCGAAGCCUGUAAGGAAGGCUAAAUUUACUGGGACAUACAACGCUACCGAAGCGAAAUUGUCGUGUCCACAAAAUGUAAAGUGGGAGUAUGGUCUGGAAAAGAUACCAGUCGGCGAGGAUUGUUUAAACUUGAACAUUUUUGUGCCUGGUAAAAGGACCGAUGACAAGCCAAAGGCAGUUAUGAUAUUCAUUUAUGGAGGUGCAUUUCAGUACGGUUUUCAGAAUGCUUACAUAUCAACAGCUUUAGUAGCAUUACAUGACGUAAUAUAUAUCACAUUUAAUUAUCGUGUUAGUGCUGGUGGAUUCCUGGCAAGCAAGAAACAUGGUCUUAAAGGUAACUAUGGUCUAUGGGAUCAGCAUAUGGCCAUACAAUGGGUACAUGAUAAUAUUGCAGCAUUUGGAGGCGAUCCUACCAGAGUAACGCUCUUUGGUGAGUCGGCAGGGGCUGCGUCAGUCAUUUAUCAAGCUUUGUACAAAGGGAAUGAGGGUCUCAUUCAGCGCGUGAUAGCACAGAGUGGUGCUGUCUGUACGUUCUGGUCAUUUGAGAGAUAUCCAGAUAUAUUGUUCAACGACUUAAGUGUUAAAAGUGGAUGCCAAAGAAAAACGUUUGAAGAAACAAUGAAAUGCUUAAGGGCUAUGGACAUCGAAGCCAAGGAAAAACUUAUCACAUUUGAGGCUGACUUCUUACCAGUUCACGAUGGAGAAUUUAUAAAAUAUAAACCUGAAGAUAUCUUUAUCAAAAGAACACCCGAGUCAGCUAGUACGUUACGACGUUUUGCAAAUAUGGAUAUUAUCAUUGGGUUAAACAGUGAUGACGGAUUAACAGAGCUCGAGUCCUUGGCGCGAAUGUUAGGAGACAAUUUGGAUACAUUUCUGAACGGUAUGACGGAAGAACAGCUAGACAGAUAUACGGAUAAGCUGUUUAAAGAAAUGAACCAGACACGAAAUGAUAUUUUAGUAAAGUCGGUUUUACACGAGUAUACCGAUUGGUCAGUACCUAGAAGUGACGUCACACGACGUUCUUUGUUUCUUAAUCUAUUAAAAGACGUACAUUUCACAGACUCUACAAUGCAAACAGUGAAUGCAUAUGUUAGCGUUGCGUCUCAUAGAAAUGCAUAUAUGUACCAUUUUGAUCAUAGACCAAGUUUUUCACAUUCCCCAAAGUGGGUAACUGGAGCUGACCAUACUGAGGAAAUUCCGUUUGUUUUAGGAUUUCCGAGAUUCUAUAUGUACCUGUUUGGAAAGUUUUAUGACGAUCCGCCAUUACACGUCCCACAAAAUGAGCUGUAUUUGUCAAAAGAAAUCAUGAAAUACUGGACAAAGUUUGCAAAGACUGGGAGUCCUAAUAACCCUGAUGAAGUUUCCAGUGUUAGCUGGCCCGAGUAUACAGCUAAGAACCGGACAUUUCUUAUUCUUAAAGCAGACGACAAUCUGUUUCAAACAGGAAGCUUUUUCAGAGACAAGUAUGUGAAAUAUUGGAAUGAAGUUUUCCCGAAGCUCCUGAGCUUACUUCAGACAAAAACGCAAAUUGUUGAAUCUAAGGAAUGUUUUAGUGCCAGUACUGCGGACAAUAAUUCUGCCUCUUCGCAAUGUGUUGGUACAUCAGUUAUGUAUACUUUACUGGUGUUUUUAUUUAUACAUGUAUGUCUAUCUUCAUUUAUGGGUGAAAAUAAAAUGGAGGUUAAUCACAUUUUCAUAGCUUUGUGUUUAUUUUUAUGCAUAAACAAGGUCGAAAGUGAAGAUGUUAUUGUAUCGGCUCCUGCCGGACCAAUUAGAGGAGAAUUUACAUCUGUACAAUUUAAUGGACAACCAUACAAAAUAUCAACGUUCCUCGGAAUACCAUAUGCAAAAUCAACUGCCGGACAAGGACGAUUUGCAAAACCUGUUAAACGUGAAAGAUUUACUUCAGUAUUUAAUGCAACUGAAAUGGCACCUUCUUGUCCACAAAACUUAGACUGGGGACCUGGACUUGACCAGCUAACAGUGAGCGAAGAGUGUUUAAGUCUUAACAUUUUUGCCGGAGCCUCACGUAGUGAAUUAAAGGCGGUUAUGAUAUUUAUCUAUGGAGGAGGGUUUCAGUUCGGAUUUCAAGACUCAUACAUAGCAUCUGCUUUAACAGCUUUGCAUGAUAUUGUUUAUGUAACUAUGAAUUACAGGGUAGGUAUUUAUGGGUUCUUGGCCAAUAAAAAGCAUGGAUUGAAAGGAAACUAUGGCUUGUGGGAUCAACAUAUGGCUAUACAGUGGGUCCAUGAUAAUAUUGCAGCAUUUGGUGGUGAUCCUGGAAAUGUAACAGUGUUUGGGGAGUCCGCUGGGGCUAUUGCAGCCAUGUACCAGGCUUUGUACAAAGGCAAUAAGGGUAUUGUCCACCGUGUAAUUGCUCAGAGCGGGGCCGUUGGUUCAGAUUUCGGCUUUAGCAGGUAUCCAGAUUUAUCAUUUGAAGAUCUAAGUCGACGAAUUAAUUGCAAAAAGGCAUCAUUUGAACAAACAAUUGCGUGUCUUCGAGAUAAGAGUAUUGAUGACUUUGAGAGUUUGAUAAAAUUUGAAGAUAUUUACUCGCCGGUGCAAGACGGAGAAUUCAUCGACUAUGACCCAGAAAUUGGCUUUAAGAACAUGACUAAGUCUUCACCUGAUGUCAUUAAUACCUUCGCUGAUGUUGACGUUAUUAUUGGGAUAAAUAGUGACGAGGGGUUAUUAGAAAUAAAUACCCUCAUGAAAAUGUUGGAAGACAAAGAUUCAAAUUUUACAAAUGGAGUUACGGAAGAAGUAUUCAAUACUUAUGUUUAUAAAUUUCUUGAAAAUAUAAACAAAACCAGAGAUGUGCGUAUCUUGAAAUCAAUCAAGCAUCAAUAUAAUGACUGGAACGCCAUAAUUAGUGACGAUUCUCGUCGUGCAAUGCUUUUAACAUUACUAAAAGAUUUCUUUUACACGGCGCCUGCAAUCCAGGCUUUGCGUGCACAUUUGACUAAAAGCACGCGCGGCAAUACUUACAUGUAUUACUUUGACCACAAACCAAGCUUUUCGAGCUCUCCUAAUUGGGUUAAAGGUGCCGAUCAUACAGAAGAAAUACCAUUUGUCUUUGGCUUCCCGAGUAUAUUUAUGUUUGUUUACGGGAUAUAUUCUGAAGACCCUGCCAAAGAAAUUCCGGUGGAUGAGGUCAAUCUAUCGAAAGCUAUGAUGAAAUAUUGGUCGCAAUUUGCUAAAACUGGAAAUCCGAAUAAUCCCGAUGACUUUUCACUAGUCCAUUGGCCACAGUACAACAAGACAGAUCAAGGAUAUCUAACUUUAAGAGGUGACGGGAACAUGGUUCAUAAUGGAAAUCAGUUCUUGAAUGCAUUCAACUAUUGGACAGAGAUAUUUCCAGACUUGACACAAGCGGUUGAAGCAGUCGAGAAAAAAGAAGAAAGAUCGUCUGAUUGUUAUGCAAGUGCAGCAGGUGUAGUGUCCCUUCAAGCAGCAUGGGCAACACUAUCACUUUCUAUAUCAAUAUCAUUAACGAUAUUCAUGUGAUGAAUGAAAUGAUUCACAGUAAAUUGAUAAUUGCUUGGUUAAUGCAAGGUGCUUGAGAGAUGUUGCAUUUUUUACGUUAUGGACAUAAUCAAAUCUUGAGUCUGCAAUAAUUAUAUGAGCCGUGUCAUGACAAAACCAACAUAAUGGGUUUGCG